AUGCAAUAUUGGUACAAGACUCCUAACAAGUAUACAAUGGGUCUGAAGCUCGAAAUCCCUCAGCGAGACAUCUCCAAAGAGGAAGAGCGCAAGCUCAAGAUCCAAAAAGCCGCUGCAAAACGCUGGGUACCCAAUCUUCAAAGGCCCCCGCCUCAGCUGAAAGAGAUCAACGCUGCCUACAACAAUAAGCUUAUGAGGCAUUACACCGACGGAACUGCAGCACCGUCAAGCGAAAUCAUCAGACCGCCAAUCAACAGAUCCGCCCGAGUGGACGCUUUACUGGCAACGCUCCCACUUCAACCGGAACAAAAGCUGCCAAAGCCACUCAGUCAAAUACAAGCCGAGCACCGCGAAGAAGUCAGAAUUGCCACACUUUUGGAGCCAAACAGGAAGAUCACCGAAAGUGCGUACGCCAAAAAAUUAGCGAAGGAAGCUUUCUCGUCAAAUGGAAAACCUCGUGACCGCAAAAAUCUCAAGCGCAAGUCGACAUUUGUUUCGGAUCUCAAGGUCGAGGAGAUUCAGAAGUAA